AUGGACACGACGACGACUAUGAGCAACACAUUACAGGAUAUAAAAGAAGAGGAGGAUGCUGAGUACAUGCAAGAUGAUGGGGGAUGUGCAGCUGUAUCAUCGGGCGUCGUAGGUUCAGUUGGUGUGUCGCAGUUGCCACACUCGCCUACAUCGCAGGCUUCUAGUUAUGGGACGGAGUUGAUGUUGGAUGAUGCGAUGCAAGAGGCGGAGGCGGGAGAUCGUGGGGAGGGGAUUUCGGACGGCGGUAGUGGGAAGAGGGAGUUGGGGCUUGGGUUGGGCAUUUCGAAUGAACAAGAAGGGUUUGAAGAGAGACGUGGGAUGGCGGGUGUUACUGGGGAUUCUGUUGGUGGUAGCCAUUCGAGUGUAUUAUUGCUUUCGCAGAUGCUUAGGAAAAGGCCGAGUCAGCUUCAGAUGACAGGUGAAGAGGCGCUAUUGCCACCGUUGCCAGAUAUUGAUAUUGGUGCUUCCCAUAUGUUUGGAGCACCGGUUGAAACUGAGGUGGUAGACUUGAGCGACUUGAAGGAGAGUCUAAUUCUGGAUAAUACUGAACGCAGUACUAUGCAUGUGAACUCUGGCUCUCUUAUUGAUGUACCACACUUGAGCAUGCCUUUACCUUUGCAUAUGAAUGGUUUCAGGAAUGGUUUUUCUUCCGAUGACCUUGUCACUGAGCCGUUGGCGGCUGAUCCUGAUGAUUCUUUUGAUCUUUCUAAAGCUUUAGAAAUGUCUAACCAUGAACACAGUUCUAGCAGCAGUAACCAGGCUACAUCCAGCAGUGAUGUGGAAAAUAUUACUGGUGUGUCUACAUCCAACCCAAUGUCGCCAUUAGUCUCGGCCCCUAUGGCCUCAUUAAAACGUAAGAUAUCUUUUACGUUUAACGCCAACUCUAGUUCCAACUUGGAGGGAACGCCAGGAUUAUCCUCGACGUCUGUAGUCCCACAGCAGCAGGAUUCUUCACUGAUCAAAACAAGUACAAAAUCGAGCUCUAAUAACAGUAGGUCAAAUUCUUUUUCUGGUGGUCGUACUAGCAGGAGUAGCUCCAACGCAGCAUAUAAUGUGCUGUUUCCAACGUUAAAUGCCACCAUUGAAAGUUCUGCUGAGCAAGUACAUCAUCAAGUCAUCCAAGAAACUUCUAAAAGAUCACUAAGGAAGUACAGCGCUGGUAGCCACAAUGGUUCAUCUGUUUCCAUUCUUAACAAUAGCAGCAGCAGCAGCAGCAACAACAACAUCUUAAGUGUCGCUGGCUGCCAUACCGGUAACAACUAUAACGCUUCGACGGCUGUUGGUGAUGCUAUUCGGAAGUCACAUUCAUGGCUAUCGGCCAAAAAAAGGUCUAGUGGCAAUUUAGCUGGAAGUUACAACACAGAUGUAGCUAAGGGUUAUGGAACAUCUCUUUCAUCUCCUUUAGUUAGCAAAAAGACUCCAUUAUUGAGGCGUGCAUCCAGCGUAAUCUUAAGAAAAGCGUACCCUAAAAGAAAGGGUUCUGUCGGGCUAUCUUCCUCUGUUCCAUCUUCACCCCAGGCAGACCAAUUGAGGGAGCAAAGCUCUUUAAGUAGCCCAUGUGGAUACGAAGAUUUCACAACCGCAAACCCAUUAAAGAACAGGAUAAAACCCUCGUUAAGUGCUAUCCUAUCGCCAGCCUCCAGCGAUCAUGAAAAUGAUUACUUGGGAUCUAUUCCUGCAUAUGCUCCUACAUUGAUACAUUCUGGAAGCGUAUUGACACCAGCAACAUCACCUAUACUGUCAGUUACUUCUCCCAUUUCAUCAUAUCCUCCUUCAUUUGGAAGUAAAGUUAAAAGAGGAUUCUCAAGAAUAAUCGGUGGAGGCCAGUCCAAACCUAUAGCCUCGCAGACAAUAGAGUCUAGUAUAACACCAGUUCCUUCUGCAUAUUCCACUUUUCAAGAUACUGUGAGUGGUAGUUACAGGACUUCACCAGUAGAUUCUGUUUUCACGACUGACGAGCUACAUUCAAUUGGCAAAAGCUCGAUUGAUCGACAAGGGUACUUGCGCUCUCCGGAUAGCGCAAUAGCAUCUCAAUCUUCAUCCCUUCGUCAUGUAUCUACCAAGCGAGAACUUUUGUCAUCUGUCACCAACAAUUGCAUUAAUCCUAGAAGAAAUCCUUCGAAUAAAAAUCAAAAUAGUCAAAACGGCAGCGUGCUUCUUACAGGCUCAAUUGGUCAAAACUUUAACCUUCCAAAGAGUAAUAGCUCAUCUAGUGUUUGUGCACAGAACAGUGCUACCAGUGCUACUAGCGAGUCUAGUAUAGAUCUCGAUAGCAGCGGCCAAUUUUCGAAAUCGGAAGUUGAGGUUAAUGUUGACGUAAAUGCGCUAACGAAGAACUUACCUACAAUCACGAUUACCGAAAAUUUUGGUGCUAAAAACACAACUCCUAUCCAAACACAAUCAAAUAUAUUGUUAGAUAAGGCCUACAUCUCAGCUGUUAAUGUUCCAAGCCUUUCAAAGGCAAAAAGUAAUAAUAAUAAAACUCGUAAAAUCCCCCUAAAAGAAUACAUUCAUAUCUUGAUGAGCCAACAGAUGAUAGAAGAUCAAAGAUUUGCUGUACUGGAAAAUUCCUUUAACACCAGUGGCUGGUGUUCGAACGACGAUAUGUUGAAUUUACGACAGAAGAGGGUCAUCAUUAAUCGGAAGUGGGCAGAAAGAAUUUCGUAUUAUCAAAAUAAAUUAGAAGCUUGA